AUGGACAAACGUAUAUCGGAUGAAUCAAUACCAAGUGCAGAUGUGGAUAUUGGUAUCAAUUUGGCAUCAUCCUUGACUGCUGAUAAUAGUACUCAACAUACACCAAAUAUACCGGAGCAGCUUCACGCUGAUAUGGUCGUGUCCACACCAACAAGCCAAGUUGUUUCUACAAAUUUUGACAGCAAUGUGAAUAUUACUCCAUCAUCUCCAGCCGAUGGUUUGGGUUUAGCUGCAGACAUGCCAAUACAUGGCACGACAGCCAACACGUCAAAUACUAUUGACAUGGCAGAACCUGACCGUGACUUGCCCAGUACCGAGACUUGCAAUGACCUCGACGAGGGAUCAAAAAAUCUAUCUAAUUGCCAAAUACAAUAUGACACUGUAAAUCAUGACAAUAAUGAGCCAGUUAUAGUACUUGAUGAGCAUAAGGAUGAUGGCAUAUCUAAAUUAGAUUCAAACACCGAUAUACUAGUUUCUAAUACAUCUUCCAAACACAAUAUUUUUUCGAGCUCAACUGUGGAUAUAAGCAAUGUUCAUAUCAAUGCAACGACUGAUUCUGUAGGCGUGACAGCGCUUUUAGCGGCAGAUGAACAACUAGACGUGGUUGCUACAGCUUUACCACCUCCCAGUCAACACAGUUUUACUGGUGAAGAAUACGACAGUGAAACUGGUUUAGAUCAUCACGAUCAAGAUUCACAUGCGUAUGGGGAUUCAUUGGCUGGCGAAGCACCAACUUACAAUUGCACUCUAGUUAAAAGCAAUCUUUCACAAUGGUUUGGCAAACGCUAUUUGGGUGGAUACCGAGACAAAAAAAGGGGUACAGAGUAUUUUCAUGCCGAAACUCAAACUCUUACUCCCCAGCAGUUGCAAAACAAGACGGUAAAGGAAAAGUUUCAUAGAGAUACACAAACAAAAAUCGGCAGGAAUCGAUUAAAUCAAACCUUUCAAGAAAUGUCGACACAAAUGACCAAAAUUGGGUGUUAUGUUACAACGGAGAAAUCUGUAAUCAAGUGCGGUAAGCCCUAUGUGAUGGCUGACGAGUUUCAUGCGAUUAAAAAUCGUAAAGCAGUCAUUAUUCAAUGUUUUGUACGACAAGUCUUGGCAAGAAUGAAGGCCACUUGGCUUCGUCAAGAGCGCGAUCGACGAGUCAAGUCCAUGGCAGAGAAAGAUAAACGCCGACUGAUCUUGUCGGAGAAGAAACGCUUAAAAGACAUUGAAAGCCGACUUCAUCCAAAAACCAACAAAAAUUUCGAAAUUCUCUACAAUGGUCUUGAAAAUUGGAGACUACAAGAAACGUCGAGAAUUAAUGGCAUGGGGUAUACCGAACCGGCAAGAUUAGCGGCUCUGGCGGAUCUACUGGAUCAAGAAAGUGCUCUGUUGCAAAAGAUUGACCGGCUCAAACUUGCAGCCAAUGAGGAGAAUAGGGAAAAAUCCAUAAUGGCGUCUCCAAAACGAUGGGUAUGUGGCGGAGAGCUUACGGUACUGGUUGAUACACCCAACACCAUUCGAGCGAGAGAGUUACGCGACCUUUAUCAUGCGCUUAACCUUCCCUUGCUAUCGAUAGACGAGCGACUUCAAAUCUUACUGCAUGUCAAGUACACGGUCAAGGAAUUCGACUGUAAUCUGUCAAGGGAUAUUGUUGAACUGAUUGAUCGCGAAGGAGAUUUGGUCAGUCGCGGGCGUGAUGUAUCCUCUCUUGAAGGGUUGCGCAAGCGUAUCAACAGUCUAUUCCUGCAGUUUAUCAAGACGCCUGAAUUUAAUCCAGAGGCAGCAUCGCAUCAAAAGUAUGCAGAAUGUGGGCAACACAAUAACUGGAAACGUGAAUCAGCAGUCUACUACUGUCGUGGCUGUACAAAAUACAAACAAUCAACCGAGUUCUAUCUCAGUACAACAAUGAAACAUCUUGGAAAAUGCAAAGAAUGUACUACAAAAGAGAAUUUAGCAACAAGUCGCAAGGAUGAUUCUGCUUAUGGCGAAAUGCUCAAACUAAUUCGUAUCCAUGAAACCUCGCGACGUAAACUAAGCGGAUUUCCAGUGGAUUUGUCUUACAAUGCCAUGGCCUUAUUACAGGAAAGUGACAUGCGCUACCUUGUAGAUGUCAUAUGGAAUCGAAAAAGUGCUGUAUGUGGAAGUCACAGUAUGGAAGAGUUGGUAUUGACAAGAUGGGACCCUGCACAAGAGCUGAGUCCUUGGAAUUGUAUUCUACUGACCAAGGCAGAAUCUGCCACGCAUGACCGUAGACCAGAUCCACACCAGAUGUACUCGGAGGAUUUUACAAACAAGGUUAGACAAAAACAUCUCUUGGCUAAACAGCAUUUUGGUGGAUUGCCUGCUAUGAGCAAGUAUUUGAAGCAUUACUACAGUGAAGAUCAGAAUGGAAAGCUUGUACCAAAGAAUGCAAAUACAGCAAUGAUUGCACCAGCUGUAUCCCAAGUUGCUAUCCAAUAA